AUGAGCCUGCAAAAUGGUAGUCAGGCGAUCGAUCGACCACUAGAGGACAACAACAUUGACGACUUCAACUGUGACGAUCAUAAGUGGCGAUUGCAAAUGCGCCUUCGCGGUCGCAAGCGGUGCAAUGCAAUUACAGGUGAAACAGUAUGUCCACGUUUCGACUCCUCUUCUUCAACAACUCUUCUUCUUCCCCCUCAUCAUCCACCCUUCAACAACUCUUCUUCUUCUCCCUCAUCGUCUCGAAAUUGUCCUCGUUUCGACUCCUCCGUCUGUCCCAAUCACGUACUCUUGCCUUCUGUUCAACCGCAACGUGAGUUGGCUCGUCAGCGUCGACAAAACAACAGCGACAAUGUUCGGUGCUUGCAAAAGCUGAUGCCAUGUGAGAAGAAAAUGGAUACUGCUACCACGCUUGAAGAGGCUUAUAAGUAUGUUCGAUUCUUGCAAAGUCAAGUUAACACUCUCCAAUCAAUGCCGCUUGAGUCUAGCUUUGCUCUUCAAAACGAGUUCUUCAGCUUUUCUGCAGUGUUAAGAAGAUACCAUUGGUAA